UACCAUAAACGGCACUGUCAAGACCAAACAUUUAGUCAGAAAGGAAUCAAAUUCCAAUUAUUAAUACUAUAGUAUUAUGCAGCUCUAUAACAUCCCUUGCUCCACACACUCCCUCUUCAGAUUCGUACCCUCCCCAAAAUUGUUACGCUUUUCUAAUCAUUUCAACACCCCCUCUUUCUCCAAACCUCUCAUUGCCGCCGCCGCCAUGUCCUCCGUUUCCACCGAGACUCCGCCUCUGCAGGUUGCAAAGCGGUUAGAGAAGUUCAAAACAACAAUUUUCACCCAAAUGAGUAUGCUUGCCAUCAAACAUGGAGCCAUAAACCUUGGUCAGGGUUUUCCUAAUUUCGAUGGUCCGGAAUUCGUAAAGGAAGCAGCAAUUCAGGCAAUCAGAGAUGGGAAUAAUCAGUAUGCAAGGGGUUAUGGAGUUCCAGACCUCAACAUUGCCAUUGCUGAGAGGUUCAAGAAAGAUACUGGAUUAGUUGUGGACCCUGAAAAGGAAGUUACUGUUACGUCUGGGUGCACAGAAGCAAUUGCUGCAACUAUUUUAGGAUUGAUUAAUCCCGGCGAUGAGGUUAUUGUGUUUUCUCCUUUUUAUGAUUCUUAUGAAGCCACUUUAUCCAUGGCUGGUGCAAAAGUGAAAGGCAUUACUUUGAGCCCUCCAGAUUUUGCUCUCCCGAUUGAAGAGUUGAAGUCCGCCGUCUCAAAGAAUACCCGAGCCAUUCUUUUAAAUACCCCUCACAAUCCUACUGGAAAGAUGUUCACUCGAGAGGAGCUCAAUGCCAUUGCAUCUGUUUGCAUCGAGAAUGAUGUUUUGGUGUUUAGUGAUGAAGUUUAUGAUAAGUUGGCAUUUGAUUUGGAACACAUUUCUAUUGCUUCUUUGCCUGGAAUGUUCGAGCGGACGGUGACAAUGAACUCGUUAGGGAAGACAUUCUCUUUGACUGGAUGGAAAGUCGGCUGGGCCAUAGCACCUCCACACUUAUCAUGGGGACUGCGACAGGCGCAUGCUUACCUCACUUUCGCAACCACAAAUCCAAUGCAGCGGGCUGCUGCAGUAGCUCUAAGGGCACCAGAGUCGUAUUACACUGAACUGAAGAGGGAUUAUAUGGCAAAGAGAGCUAUUUUGGUUGAAGGGUUGAAGGCUGUUGGCUUCAAGGUAUUCCCGUCUAAUGGAACAUACUUUGUGAUUGUAGAUCACACCACUUUUGGACAUGAAAAUGAUGUUGCAUUUUGCGAAUAUCUUGUUAAGGAGGUAGGAGUGGCGGCCAUUCCUACCAGUGUGUUUUACUUGAAUCCAGAAGAGGGAAAGAAUCUAGUCCGGUUUACUUUCUGCAAGGAUGAAGGAACUCUUAGGGCUGCUGUUGAGAAGAUGAAGGAAAAGCUUAGAAAAUGAUCUUUAUUUUAUGAUCAUGUCAAUGUCAUGUGUUGUAGUUGGUUAUUUGGAAGAAAUUUACUUUUCCAGAAACUCAAAUGUAGGUAGGUUUGUAAUAACUUGCUAUUGAUUAGCUCAGCCGUCGCAGUCAUUAGCAACAACUUAUCCGCUACGAUUGCGAUUUUUCCCCUGAAACUUAAUGUUAUGAUGGCUAUGUUGUUUUCAAUGAAUAAUAGUUUGAAGGGGUAUAUUUCGAAUGCAAUCAUGAGAAAACACCCAGGACAAAUGUAUCAUUUAGCAUCCAGUUUGUGGCAAUAAAGAUCAUUUUGAUGGUAA